AUGUGGGCCAAAAACAAGCUGGGGGACACCUUGGAGAACUACGUGGUGUACAGGACGACGAAUCUGCCAGAAUGAGGACAGGUUUGGCGUACGAUUCAGAGGAGCUGCACUACUCCAUGGGAUCAGAGGAGGAGCUAGAGGAAAUUGCCUCCUUAGCAGAGGCCAUUCACUCUGAGAAUGGGAGGGACCAUGGCCAAGGCAGACAUGCUUCAUCCCAUGGAAGUCACAUAGACAAGCAUCAGAGUUAUCUGGUUAAAGGGAAAGGUGAAAAUGGGAGGAUGGGCUCCUGA